AUGCUUCGCGUCGCUGCCACCAAGGCCGCUGCCCGCCCUCUGACCCUUGCUUCCAGAGCUGCCUUUACCACCACCAGCAGAGCUAUGUCCGAGGGCGACACUGGAGCUCCUCCCAAGAUGGGUGGUCAAGGUGACGCUUUCCAGCGCCGUGAGAAGGCCGCUGAGGAUAUGGCCAUCCGCCAACGUGAGCGCGAGAAGCUCCUCGAGCUCAAGAAGAAGCUCGCCGAGCAGCAGGCUCACCUGCAGCAGCUCUCUGACCACAUCGACGAGAUCACCAAGAACCAGGGUGGAGAACACAACUAA